UAGUUGAAAUAGAAUUAUCCUUCAACUUACCCUCGCUGACUUGCAUUGCAUCUCCCUCUCUCUCUCUCUCUCUGACGAGAGAAUAUGUUAGGUCUGUUUCGAAGGACUCCUCAUCAAUCACAAAAGCAUCAGAGAGACGACGGCGAAUGGUUUUCAGUAAGUUUCAGUCCAGAAAAUUUCAUUCCAGGCCUCAUCAUCGGCUUCCUCUUUGGGUUAUUUUUAGAUUUAACAAAGCUACCAAAAAAUAAUGCGAAGGGGAAUAAGCUUUUAUCCAAGGUGCAACUACGGAAGACAGAAUCAAAUUGCGGCGAUGAAGAACUUAAAAUGGUUUUGAUAGUUAGGCAAGACUUGAAAAUGGGAAUGGGAAAGAUUGCAUCUCAAUGUGCUCAUGCUGCCACUGGAAUAUAUGCAGAAAUGAUGCAAAGUCAACGUUCCCUUUUGAGACAAUGGGAACAAUGUGGCCAACCAAAAAUUGUUCUUUCAUGCAAGAAUCAACAAGAAAUGAAUAAGCUUAAGGAAGCUGCAGAGAGCAUAGGUCUUCCAACUUUUGUUGUUGCUGAUGCAGGACGCACACAGGUUUUGGCUGGGUCAAAGACAGUUCUUGCUAUUGGACCUGGCAGAAAGUCAUCUGUGGAUUCGGUAACUGGGAAACUGCGUCUGCUAUAACAAUGUUUUCAUUAAAGAUGAUAUUUGAUAGAGUUACUGCCAAAGGUUGUACUUGUUGUAAGUUAUCCUUAUUGGUGUUUCUCAAGGCGGUGUUUUUGUUUCCUUUCCCUCACCAUGUUCCAAUAGAUACAAUUCAGAUGCAAUAAAUGAAUUUUACAUC